GAGACGCCAAAGGUAAUAGAGCGUCGGCGCCGCUUUCGGAUGACGCAGCCGCAUCUGGACCGGAGCGUGACGCAAACGCAAAAGGCGAUGCUGGCUAAAAUCUAGGGAGAGAGGAGAGGAGAGAAUCAUCCCCAAGAGAUAUACGUAUACACGUCCAGAGAGCAGAGGACCAGGACCGCGCAGUUUCCCUCUACGCUUUAACGGCGAAGCAGGGUCGUUAUUGGGACAGUUCUGUAUCGGAGCGAAAUUUCGCGAUAUGUGAGUGCGCAAAAGUUAUCGCGAUUUAGAAGUGCCGUGAGAGUAAGAGAGAGAGUGAGAGAGAGAGAGAGAGAGAUAUUGAGAAAGGGUGAGAAAGAGAAAACGAGAUAGAGAAAAGGGAGGUGAAAAUUUACAAGGGCGGUUUUGGUGAGUUGACCUUUCACCCCUUUAACGCGAAAUUUUGGCGUUCGCUUCUCGUGACCCAUGUGUCAUGCACAAUGAAAGCCAACCACCUGUGAACGGCUGAAAGCUUCAAUUUAUCAUAGCCGAAGAUUCAAAAGCUUCCUCGACAAUUAACCCUGCUUGGUAUGAAGUACUUAAAAGUUGCUCUCUUCACAUUCAACCUACUGAUAUGGUUGGCAGGAUGUACGGUACUGGUUACGGGGAUCUGCCUUUUGCUCGAACCAACCAAAGGCGACCUGCUCAAUCUCUAUGUACCAAUUUCGACACCCCACGAAACCAUUCACUUGGUAGCCUACAGCCUGCUCGGAUUAGGAUGUACAGUCCUGACAGUAGGUUUCUUUGGCUGCCGAGCAGCGUUACACGGUAGCCAAUGCAUUUUAGCCACUUACAUGAGCAUGCUGCUUGCUCUGAUAACAAUGGAAUUGAUAUCGUCCGCCGUGGGGGGAUUUAUGACGUACCGUAUCUUAUCCGGAUUAGAGGGAAGACUCAGGGACAGACUUGCCGAACAUUACGGACACGACCCCACCAGUGACAUACCGUUCAGUCACAGCUUAGACUUUGCCCAAUACAAGUUCAACUGUUGCGGCAUUCACGGGGACGGCGACUACAACGAAACCGCUUGGUGGCGGGACAGUCAAAUUUCGGGAACCAGAAGACAGGUACCACUGACCUGUUGUGUUUUGCGAAAUUCCGAGGACAAAAAUACCGGCAGCCCUAUGAGCGUGGUGGCGAGAGUAUUUCACAAGCACUACGAGAAACCUUGGCUUCAUCCGCAACCCAAAGACGAGGCUGCAUGCCAAGUCGAGGAAUUGGACGGACACGAAGGAUACAGGCACAAGACGGGUUGCCUCGAGAAAGUGUCAAAUUGGCUUCAAUACGAAAGCUUCACGUUCGUAUUCCUUGGUAUGUUCAUGGCAGGCUUACAGACGUUUGGUAUAAUAACGUCAGCGUUUCUAUGCAGAACAAUAAGGGACAUGCAGAUUGAUUAACAUCAGAUGAGACUAUGCACAUUUUUGUAUAGUCAGCACAGAAAUCGUAAGAGAGACAUACGAGCUGGAAAAGCAUAUAGUACCUAGUUUGUAAAAAAAAAAAAAAAAAAAAAAAAAAAAAAAAAAAAAAAAAAAAAAAAAAAAAAAAAAAAAAAAAAAAAAAAAAAAAAAAAAAAAGGGAAAAAAAAAGAAGAAAAAAAAAAAAAAAAAAAAAAAAAAAAAAAAAAAAAAAAAAAAAAAAAAAAAUUAAACAAAAAAAAAGGGAACUACUGUAACGCCCAUUUAAAAGGCUUGAAACGUAACAAGCAGCAAAUAAAAAAAAAACGCGAUUUUUGAUUGAAUCCAUUGCAUGACGAUUUUGCAUAACAUAGAAAAAAAAAAUGAAGCGUCAGAUUGUAUCUAAAUAAAACCCGAAUCGUAUUUAAUUAUCGGGGUCCUGUGCGAAAAGUACGAAUAUUUUGAAAGCUAUCCCAAAAUCCGUAUAUCGAGUAUAUAUGUAUAUCGGGUGAAAAAAAAAAAAGUAAGUGCGGGACCGAAUUUCAUUGAUUACACUUAAGUCCUCCCGUCCUCACAUGUAUAUUCAGUUGUAAAAUGUAUAUCACGCAGGAAAAGAAAAGCAUGGCAAAAGAAAACAAAAAGGACCUGAGUCGUGUUCAAUGUGAUAAGAAAAAAAAUUUGCAAUUAUUAAGGGUUAAGGGAUUGCAGAAUAAUUAGAUCGUCACGCGGCACUUCGAUGCACGAAAAAUUAAAAGGUCGAGAUUGAUAAUGAUAAACGACGCAGAGGAUUUGAGUGCGCGUCAAUACUGAUAAGAAUAAUUUUUUCGAUUUUGAGAUAAUUUGUAAAUAUAUUUAUUAUCGUGUUAAUGCAAAUAAUUAAAGCGCCCACGUGACGAGGCGCGCGCGCGCGCGCCUUCAAGGCCAAUUAAGAAUUUCAAAGGUUUAUCGUUUCAAAAGCGAUAUUAUUUUUUCAUACAGCGGGCUCGUAUAUAUUUUCUACGCUAUUCUAUUCAUUUCUAUGGACAGUCGGUACGGAGAAGAUACGUUUGAUAAUAUUAUAUAUGUAUAUGUAAUCUCGACAUUUUUGCGCAUUGUCAAGUUUUAUAGUCGUAUGAAUAAGUAUUGGCCGAGGUAGGGCUAAAUUUUGAGUGUCAAUGUAAACAUGAGAAAAAACUUAAUAAAUAAUGUUCUCCGUGUAUCUA